AUGGCCUCUCUCUUCGUCGCGGCGCGCCGCCUGCUCAGCCUUGGCCGCCGCGGAGGACUCCUCCCCGUGCCCCCCUCUCGCGCCGUUGCCACCUCAUCUCGCAGCAACAGCGAGGAGGAGCGACCGCCGCCGGCGAGGCCGCAGAGCCUGCAGUCCACGCUGUGGCCGCUGGGCCACCCGGGCACACUCCUUGUGCCGGAGAUCGAACUGUGGGCGGCGCGGCCCAGAAACUGCCUCCGAGCCGUUGAGCUCCAACACAUCGUCAAGGAACUCUGCAAGCGCCGCCACCACCACCAGGCCCUCGAGGUCUCGGAGUGGAUGAAUCUCAAGGGUCACGUCAAAUUUCUGCCAAAGGAUCAUGCUAUUCACCUAGAUUUAAUUGGUCAAGUCCAUGGAGUUGGAGCAGCAGAGACCUACUUCAAUAACCUGUCUGACAAAGAUAAGACAGAGAAACCCUACGGUGCACUUCUCAACUGCUACACACAAGAACUCUUGGUCGACAAAGCGUUGGCCCAUUUUCAGAAUAUGAAAGAGCUGGGUUUUGUGUUCUCCACGCCCCCCUACAAUAACCUCAUGGGCCUCUAUACCAACAUAGGGCAGCAUGAGAGGGUACCUUCGGUGAUGGCACAAAUGAAGAGCGAUGGGAUUGUUCCUGAUAAUUUUAGCUACAGAAUAUGCAUAAAUUCUUAUGGCACAAGAGCUGACUUUUUUGGGUUGGAGAACACCCUGGAGGAGAUGGAAUGUGAGCCUCAAAUUGUUGUUGACUGGAAUACCUAUGCUGUUGUGGCAAGCAACUACAUUAAGGGUGACCUAAGGGAGAAGGCAUACUCUGCCUUAAGGAAAGCAGAGGCAAAAAUGGAUAAAAAGGAUGCGGGUGCCUAUGGCCACUUGAUUUCCUUGUAUGGCUACCUUGGGGACAAAUCAGAAGUCAAGAGGCUAUGGGUGCUGCAAAUGUUGAACUGGUACCGCCAAAAGGGCUUGCCGGACAAGGCUGAGACGCUGUUCGACGGCUUCUUGAAAAAGGGAAAGAUGCCUACUUCAACCAGCUGGGGGAUUGUGGUGAUUGGCUAUGUGGAGAAAGGUGAUGUCGCGAAAGCUUAUGAGCUGACCAAAAAUGCCCUCUCUGUGUACGUCCCCAAUACCGGCUGGAUCCCUAGGCCUUCAAUGAUUGAGAUGAUACUUAAGUAUCUUGGAGAUGAAGGGGAGGUCAAGGAUGUCGAAGCUUUCAUUAGUCUACUGAAAGUUGCUGUGCCAUUGAACUCUGAUAUAACCGAGGCUUUGUCGAGGGCUCGUUCGAGAGAACAGAAAGCUGAAGAGGCAAUGGAAGCUCCUCGCGAGGAUAAUAUUGCCUGA